AUGGCUCCCGCCAACACCCUGCCCGCGUGGUCUGAGCUUCAGGCGCAUCGCGAUAGCGUCGGCAAGAACUUUGUCUUGAAGGAGGCUUUCGCCUCGGACCCCAAGCGCUUCGACCGCUUCACCCGCACCUUCAAGUCGGAGGGCGUCUCCGCCGACAUCCUCUUCGACUUCUCCAAGAACUUCCUCACCGAUGAGACGCUCGACCUCCUCGUCAAGCUGGCCGAGCAGGCCGGCGUCGCCCGCAAGCGCGACGCCAUGUUCGCCGGCGACAAGAUCAACUUCACCGAGAACCGCGCCGUCUACCACACCGCCCUGCGUAACGUCGGCGGUUGGGACAUGAAGGUCGACGGCGUCGACGUCAUGAACACCCCCGGCGGCGUCAACGACGUCCUCAAGCACAUGAAGGAGUUCUCGGAGCAGGUCCGCAGCGGCGAGUGGAAGGGCUACACGGGCAAGAAGCUCACCACCAUCAUCAACAUCGGCAUCGGCGGCUCCGACCUGGGGCCCGUCAUGGUCACCGAGGCCCUCAAGUACUACGGCGCCCCGGACAUGACGCUGCACUUUGUCUCCAACAUUGACGGCACCCACAUGGCUGAGGCCCUGCGCGACUCGGACCCGGAGACGACGCUUUUCCUCGUCGCCUCCAAGACGUUCACCACGGCCGAGACCACGACCAACGCCAACACCGCCAAGUCCUGGUUCCUCGAGAAGACGGGCAACAAGGGCGAGAUUGCCAAGCACUUUGUCGCCCUCUCCACCAACGAGGAGGAGGUCACCAAGUUUGGCAUCGACAGCAAGAACAUGUUUGGCUUCGAGAGCUGGGUCGGCGGCCGCUACUCGGUGUGGAGCGCCAUCGGCCUGAGUGUCGCCAUCUACGUCGGCUUCGACAACUUCCACAAGUUCCUCAGCGGCGCCCACGCCAUGGACAAGCACUUCCGCGAGACUCCCCUCCGGGACAACAUUCCCGUCAUUGGCGGUCUGCUGAGCGUGUGGUACUCGGACUUUUUCCAGGCCCAGACGCACCUUGUCGCUCCUUUCGACCAGUACCUGCACCGCUUCCCUGCUUACCUGCAGCAGCUGUCCAUGGAGUCCAACGGCAAGUCGAUUGCCUCUGAUGGCUCCUCUGUCAAGUACACGACUGGCCCCAUCCUGUUUGGCGAGCCUUGCACCAACGCCCAGCACUCCUUCUUCCAGCUCGUCCACCAGGGCACCAAGCUCAUCCCCACCGACUUCAUUCUGGCGGCCAAGUCCCACAACCCCAUCUCCAACAACCUCCACCAGAAGAUGCUGGCCUCCAACUACUUCGCGCAGGCCGAGGCCCUCAUGGUUGGCAAGACGGACGACCAGGUCCGCGCCGAGGGCACCAAGGACGACCUGGUCCCGCACAAGCGGUUCCUGGGCAACCGCCCGACGACGUCGAUCCUCGUCGGCGGCGCCAUCGGCCCCGCCGAGCUGGGCGCCCUCAUCGUCUACUACGAGCACCUCACCUUCACCGAGGGCGCCAUCUGGGACGUCAACAGCUUCGACCAGUGGGGCGUCGAGCUCGGUAAGGUCCUGGCCAAGAAGAUCCUCAAGGAGCUCGAUGAGCCCGGAAACGGCCAGGGCCACGACGCCUCGACGGGCGGCCUCAUCGGCGCCUUCAAGAGCUUUGCCAAGAUCUAG